AUGUCUAUCAUUCCGACAAUCCAACAGCGACUUGUUAGUUGCUGUCGAGAUGCUCUUGAUCAAAACGACGAUAGAAUAUCAUUGUUAAAAACACUUCUGAGUCUAAUUAGCGACCAAGAACGAAGAUAUUUAAUCGACGUUGAAGAUGCAACUCAUCGAGCACCAUUGUUUUAUGCUAUUGAAAGUGGUAAAUCAUUAGAUUUUCUUAGACAACUACUUGAUUUUCAAGUUCGCAUAACAAAUCGAAUAUUACUUUGCGCUAUUCGAUAUGGCAAUCUUGACAUAUUAAAAUUAUUAAAUCAAUAUGGUGCUGAUUUUAAACAAACUUAUUAUGGUAUAUCACUUUUACAUGAAUGUAUACUUCUACAUAAAAAUGAUCUAAUCAGUUUUCUAAUUGAACAAGGAGGUAUCGAUCCAAAUACACUUGAUUAUGAUAAUCAAUCACCGUUACUCUAUGCUAUAUUUCGUACAAAUAUCGAAGCAAUAUUUAUUCUUCUCAAGCAUGCAUAUAUCGAUCCAUGCUUGAUAAGUACACGGAAGCAGCAACUGACUUCAUUUCAUGUUGCCUGUGAAUUGGGCAUUGAUGAAGUAUUACCAUCAAUGAUGAAAUUUAUUUCAAUAUUGAAUAUUAAUAAAUUAACAAAAAGUGAUCAGACUCCAUUCGAUCUAUUCUUAUCUUGCUAUUUAUUUAGCAAAAAUAGUUUAUUUAUGAAUGCAAAUUCAUUAGAAAAAUUUUCAUCCUUAUUUGAUUUAUUUCUAUCAAAUGGUGCUAAAUUACAUCAUUUAACGAAAGCUUAUCGUCGUACACGUGCACCAUAUGUUACUAAAAUUUUCACGAUAUUAUUUAAAAAACAUAUUUCAUUCAAUGACAUUAUACUGCAAACGAAUCGUUCGACGAUAUCUGUUGAUUUGCAAUCACUUGUCUGUCAAUCGCUAGGUGAUUGGACUUAUCUUGUUGAAUCCAACGAUGAUAUAAAAGCUGAGCAACGUCAAUCGAUUCUUCGACAACUUUAUGAAUUAUUUAUUUGUGUUUAUUAUAAAUCGACUAGUGUUCAACCAAUUAAUACAAGAUUAUUAACAAGAUAUUGUGCAGCCAAUGAGAAAGAUUCAAAAAUAAAACAAAUUUUAUGGUUAUUUAUUAAAAAUUUUAUUGAACCAAAAAAAGAAGUUAGACUACUCAAAUCAACAUGUAGAACAAAAAUUCUUUUAAAUUUACAAUCGAUUGAUAAACGCUGUAUGACUUCAGAUUUAGGAAUUUCGAAAGAUCUCGAACAUUAUCUUUUGUUUUUUACAAUGAGUUAA